AUGUCAAUUGUUCCUUACAAUUCUAAUAAAGCUGUUUUAUAUCAUAAUCCAAAUGAAGGUUUAAUAGUCUUACAUGAUACACAAGAAAAUACCAUUCAAUUAUUAACAACAACAAAAAAUCAAGACGUGCCGGAUCUUCAAAGAUUUACUAAAAGAACAAAUUCCAAUUCUUCCAAAGCUCCUCCAUUAUUUAUAUUUUCUGAAAAUUCAAAUUUAACUGAAUGUCCAAAUUGCGGGUUUCAAUGGGCUGAAUAUCAAGAUACAGGUGCUAGAUCAAGACGAGGAUCAACUACUAAUGGAUUAUCUAAUUUAUUUAACUUACCUGAUUCAACUAAAUUACCACAAAAUUUGUUUAUGCAUAGUGAUUAUUUCAAAUUAUUGGGUCAAAUCCCAUAUAAAGAAUCAAGUUCAACUUCUACAAAGGGUAUACCUGAAGGAGUAUUCAAUCAGGGUUAUUUCAACAAGUUUUUCAAGAAAAUAUAUCCAUUUGUUUUAGGUUCUGGAGCUCAUGCGCAAGUAUUCAAAGUUACACAUGUUUUAAAUGAUAUUAAUUUGGGUACUUAUGCAGUUAAAAGAAUAAGUAUGGGUAAUAAAUUUGAAUUAUUGGAACAAGUUUUAAAUGAAGUUUUAAUAUUAUAUGAAUUAUCAGUAAAAGGAGCAAAUGAAAAUAAUUUAAUACGAUAUAAUCACGUUUGGUUAGAAUUGGGAGAUAUUGAAGAAUCAACAGCAUAUAUAUUACCAUUAGAUGAUAGUAAAAAUGAUAGAAAGAUACCGUUUGUUUAUAUAUUACAACAAUAUUGUGAUGGUGGACAUCUUGAAGAUUUAAUAUGUACAAAUUAUACAAUUGAAGAAAAUUUAUCGUGGAAAGAUAAAGUAGCAAAUGAAAGAAAGAAAAGAAGGGCACAAAAAAAUGGUGAAAUGACAGAAACUGCUCAAUCUUGGUUAUCUAAUUUUGAAAUAUGGAAAUUUUUUCAUGAUGUAGCUAAUGGUGUACAUUAUUUACAUAAACAUGGUAUAUUACAUCGAGAUUUAAAACCAUCAAAUUGUUUACUAGAUGUAAAAUAUGAAAAAAAUGAACAAAUUAAUAGUUUUGAUAAUAUAGAUGAGUUUGAACUGAAAGUUUUUGAAUUACCUAAAGUUUUAGUUUCUGAUUUUGGUGAAGGGAAAUUCAUAGAGAAUAAUAUUAAAUUAAAACAGAAUUUGAAAUUUAAUGAAAGAAGAGGAAAUACUGGGACUUUAGAAUUUACAAGUCCUGAAUUAUGGUUAUAUACAGAUGAUCCUACCAAAAAUUUUGUCAAUGAUUUUACUUAUGAAAGUGAUAUUUAUUCAAUGGGUUUAAUUUUAUGUUAUUUAUGUUGUGGGAUACUACCAUUUACAAAUAUAGUUAAAAAUGAACAAGAUCCACAAGAAGCAAGGAAUAAGAUUAUUAAAUGGUAUUUCAAUAUGAAUUAUAAAAACUUCAGCCAUUGGUUUCAAGAACAAAUGAUGAAAAUUCAUGGAGAAGUUAAUGACUGUUUGUUAGACUACCAGGAGCUUAUUUAUUCAAUGAUCAAAGCUGAGAAUAAAACAUCAAGGAAGAAUUCAAAAGAUGUAUUAUUGUUUUUAAAUGAUAUGAAAUGGAAUAGAUUUAUAAUUAAUGAUAACCGAGAUAGAAGAGAAAGUAUAGAUCAAAGUAAUUUGACAUUAUAUGAACCUAAACCACUAGCAUUAAUAAAUAAUGAAAAAGAUGAAGAUUUAGAAUUUGAAGAAAAUGAUCCAAAUCAUUUGAAUUUAACACAAGAUGAAUUUGAGGAAAAGUUAAGAGGUUUUGAGGAUACUGAAACAAAGAAACUAAUUGAAAUAAAUCUGAUCUCAAGAAUACCAUUCUACUGUUUUGAAUUGAUAUUACUUGAACUAUUAUCAUUAUUUUCACCGCAUUUUUCGAAAUCGAUCUUGAAAUUAGCCAUUGUCAUAUCAAUUUUCAUGGAUCUAUUGGUGCUUAACUCAAAAAAAGUCAAACUGUGCUUGUUCAUAAUUAUAUCCAUAGCAUUAUCACUCUGUAUGGCUUAUGAAUUAGGUGGAUCUAGAGUAUCUAGUACAUUAAAUGUAUAA